AUGACGGCUCCCAAGCGCCCGCGAGAGGCAUCCUCGAAUAAUGACGACGGCGCCGCCUCGCCCGUCGACUCGCCCGCACAGUCGCCCUCGUCCUUCCGCAAUGUCUCGGCGUGCAACCGGUGCCGCCUGCGCAAGAACCGCUGCGACCAGCGCCUGCCCGCCUGCGCCAGCUGCGAAAAGGCCCAUGUUAAAUGCGUCGGCUACGAUCCCAUCACCAAGAGGGAGAUCCCGCGAAGCUACGUCUACUAUCUCGAGAGUCGCGUCGCCUACCUGCAAUCGCUGCUGCGCGACAACGCCAUUGCCUACGCGCCCCCCGAGCACUUUGCCCUGAGCUUCAAGCCGCCUACUGGCCAGCCCACCUUCUCGCUCGAGCAGCAGGCCCUGGCUCAGGCCCGGGACCGGCAGCACGAUCGCGAGAAGAUCAAUAAAAUGGUGUCGAAUAUUGGCAUGGUCUCGGUGCAGGGGGCAUCCGACCCCCGCUACUUGGGCUCAACCUCCGGCAUCUCCUUUGCGCGCGUCGUGUUUGCGGCGGUGAAGAGCUCCGUGUCGGGCGCCUCGUCGGAAAAGGGUAGUACCAAGGCCAGCAAGCCGCUGCCGGGAUCUGCGGCCGCCAGUGGCACGUCCAUGAGGGACUCCUUCUUCGGCCUGCACACGAAACCCAACAUACGUCAGGCGCCCUUCCCCGAGCGCGACCUGGCCCUGCGCCUGGUGGACCUGUACUUUGAGCAUGCCAACCCUCAGAUCCCCAUUCUCCACCGCGGUGAGUUCAUGGCCAUGUUCGACCACGCUUAUGCCGCCGAUGAGUCCGCCAGGACCAGCAGGGAGCUCUACAUGCUUAACAUUGUCUUUGCUAUUGGCGCCGGCAUCAUCAUGGGCUCUUCCGAUUCUUCCGAAUCGCCUGACCCUGAUGGCUCGAACGGCGCCAUGAAACCCCCUCAGUCACCGCCCGGCAAGCGGAGGAGGAUCUCCGGCGUCCAGUCUCAGCCCGAGGAGUACCAUGCUUCGGCUAUAGUGCACCUCGAGAGCUUUCUCGGCUCCAACCCGGCCGUGGAUCGUCCCGACGGCUUCGGCGGAGGGUUGGAAGAGCUGCAGGCCGUGCUUCUGCUGGCCGGCUUCGCCCUCCUGAGACCGGUCGCUCCGGGUUUGUGGUACAUCACGGGCGUGGCGGUCCGACUGGGCGUGGAUCUAGGUCUUCACUACGAAGACGGCGUAGGCAUCGACGGAAACACUGGAGAAGAAACGACGAACUCACACAAGCAGGAACCCGACUCGAGCGAAUCCGCCGAGCCAAGUAACACUGUGAAGCUGAAUCCUAAGGAGAGAGGCCGGCGACAAUGGGUCCGUGACCUUCGACGCCGUCUGUGGUGGUGCGUAUACUCGUUCGACCGCUUGGUCAGUACUUGCGUCGGUCGACCUUUUGGCAUCACCGACCAAGUCAUCACGACUGAAUUUCCCUCACUGCUGGAUGACAAGUAUAUCACCAAGGAAGGCUUCUUGACUCCACCGAGCGAGAAGCCGAGCUACAAGUUCGUGACAUAUCAUUAUCUCCGCUUCCGUCUUUUGCAAUCUGAGAUCCUCCAAGUGCUUCAGCAUUGCCAGGCUCAGCAAGCUCGUGCGAACGGAGCAAACCAAAGCAACGACUGGAUGCAUUCGGAACUCCCGUCUCCGUUCUUGGCAAAAUAUGAAUCUUUUCAAUCUUGGCGGCGGCACAUUGACCGCCGUCUCUGGGAGUGGAAAGAAUCUUCUCCGACUCAGGCUGAUACGGGCGUGCAAUUCUCACCCCUUUUCCUGGAACUGAAUUACUGGCAGGCUGUCAUAAUGCUGUACCGGCAGAGCCUGAGUGUCCCACAGGUGCUGGCCGAAGAAUUGAAGACGACGGAGGAUGACGUCUCAAGUCCCUCUAUGGUCAACGUUGAAGCAACGGAAGACGAAGAAUUCGUAUUCCUGAAGGUGGCAGAAGCUGGUCAGAAGGUGCUCAAGUUGUAUCGCCAGCUACAUCGCGUACACUUGGUGAACUACACCUUUCUGGCCACGCACCAUCUGUUCAUGGCAGGUAUUUCGUUUCUUUACGCCGUCUGGCAUUCGCCGGUGGUUCGUAGUCAUCUGUCUCUUGACGAUGUUGAUUUCACUGUGCUGGCCGCUACCUCGGUGCUUGGCGAUCUUGUCGAGAAAUGCCCGCCCGCAGAAGCUUGCCGCGACGCCUUUGACCGCAUGAGCAAAGCUACCAUCCAGAUGUGCAUGUCGACGACAGGCUUCGGGCCACAGGCUGCGCAAGCUAUCAGCAGCCAGCAAGCCCGCCCUGCUCCUAAUGCUCCAGUUUACACUCCGUCGCCUAGCUACUCUGCUGCAGAAACUCACCCUAUGCCCUCUCCUUCCUCUGAACAACCUCAGAACUACCAGCAGCAACAACAGCAGCAGCAGCAGCAGCAGCAGCAGCAACAGAAUCAACAACAGCAACAGGUGCAACAGCAUCAACAGCCGCAGCAACAGCCGCCGCAGCAGCAGAGUUAUUUUCAACAAUCGUAUAGUGGCAGCGGCAAAGGGCCCCGCCCGUAUCCACGAUUCGACAUGAACCUGCGUGACCUCUUCAGCGACGAUGAGAGUGAGGCGCGAGCUUUACGGCGGCCGAGCCUAGGCCUCGUAGGUAUACGGCCGCACGGGCUCCAACACCAACAACGCGCGAAGCAGGAACAGCGGCCCGCGAGCGCGAGCGCAUACAUGCCCGAGGCGCACCUGCACGGCAGCCCGGCCCAGAACCAGAGCCAAGGCCCGUUCAGCGCUGCGCCACUCGACGCACAGCCGCAGCAGGCCGCCACCGGCCCGGUGGCGAUGCCACGCCAGCAGAGCCAGGGCCACCGGCAGCAUCAUAGCGUCCAUCAGCAACAGCCACACAUGUCACCGUACCAGCAGCAGAUGGGCUUUGGCCAGCAACAGCACCGGUAUAGCGCGCAGCAGCAGCAGCCAUCGCCCCAGACGCAUAUCCCGCCGCAGUCGGCCUAUCCCGACCUCGGCGUGAACCCGUUCCCGGACCUCGACUUCCUCGACGCGUUUCCCCCGGGUGGUGCCGCGCCGGGGCCGAGCGCCGAGACGGGCGGCGGUGGCAAUAUGGACCUGGGGUUUGGGAUGGAGCUGGGCGAUGCGGUGGGGAACCAUGACUGGAGCGACGGGAACGCGUUUGACCUGUUUGACGGGUUUUUCUUUGGGCAAGGGCCUGGUGCGCCAGGGAGUCUGUAG